GUACAAGAGAAUCGUAAAAGAGUUCUUGCUAGGCAUAUACGCACAUACGAGUUAAGAAAAAAAAAACAAAAAACAAAAAUGGCUGAUAAUGACGAUCUUCUCGACUACGAGGAUGAAGAGCAGAACGAGACCACUGCUGUUGAGAACCAGGAGGCACCAAAGAAAGAUGUUAAGGGUACUUAUGUAUCCAUUCACAGCUCCGGUUUUCGUGACUUCUUGCUAAAGCCAGAGAUUUUGCGUGCAAUUGUUGAUUGCGGUUUCGAGCAUCCAUCAGAAGUUCAGCAUGAGUGUAUACCGCAAGCUGUGCUUGGCAUGGAUAUUUUAUGCCAGGCCAAGUCCGGUAUGGGUAAGACGGCAGUUUUCGUGCUUGCCACAUUGCAGCAGUUGGAACCGUCUGAUAACAACACCUGCCAUGUUUUGGUCAUGUGUCACACACGCGAGCUGGCAUUCCAAAUAAGCAAGGAGUACGAACGUUUCUCCAAAUAUAUGCCCACAGUUAAGGUUGCUGUAUUCUUUGGCGGUCUAGCGAUUCAAAAGGAUGAGGAAACUCUGAAGAAUGGCACACCCCAUAUUGUUGUUGGUACACCAGGUCGCAUUUUGGCACUCAUUCGUAAUAAGAAGUUGAACCUGAAACACUUGAAGCACUUUGUUCUGGACGAGUGUGACAAGAUGUUAGAGCAACUGGAUAUGCGUCGUGAUGUGCAGGAGAUUUUCCGAAGCACACCACACGGCAAACAAGUUAUGAUGUUUUCCGCCACUUUGAGCAAAGAGAUUCGCCCCGUUUGCAAAAAGUUUAUGCAAGAUCCAAUGGAAGUGUACGUCGACGAUGAGGCGAAACUGACGCUGCACGGCCUGCAGCAGCACUAUGUCAAUCUGAAGGAGAACGAGAAGAACAAGAAGCUGUUCGAACUUCUCGAUGUGCUCGAGUUCAAUCAAGUCGUUAUCUUUGUCAAGUCCGUGCAACGUUGUGUGGCCCUGGCUCAGCUUUUGACCGAACAGAACUUCCCGGCCAUUGGCAUUCAUCGCGGCAUGAAUCAGGAUGAACGCUUGAAUCGGUAUCAGCAAUUCAAGGACUUCCAGAAACGCAUCCUGGUGGCUACCAAUCUUUUUGGCCGCGGCAUGGAUAUUGAGCGUGUUAAUAUUGUAUUUAACUAUGACAUGCCCGAGGACUCGGACACCUAUUUGCAUCGUGUGGCUCGUGCUGGUCGAUUUGGUACCAAGGGCCUGGCCAUAACCUUUGUCUCCGAUGAGAACGAUGCCAAGAUACUUAACGAAGUACAGGAUCGUUUCGAUGUCAACAUUAGUGAACUGCCCGAGGAAAUUGACCUAUCUACAUAUAUUGAGGGACGCUAGUCACAGCGCAUGGAGAUA